AUGAUUCCUUUCACCAUUCCUGACAUAAGAAAGUUCCCUCCAACUUUGAAGAAGCUGACUCUUGUUGGUAGUCAUGCUGAUUGGACAGAAAUGUCAAUCAUCGGACAGCUCCCAAACCUGGAGGUUCUGAAGAUUAAGGACAACUUUUUCAGCGGACCUUUGUGGGAAACAAAUGAUAAUAAUGGUUUUCGAUGCCUGAAAUUCCUGAAACUUUCAAACUUGGAUAUUCAGAAAUGGAUUUGCUCUAGUGAUCACUUUCUUCAGCUGAGGCGGUUAGUGAUAAAUGAUUGUUUGGAUUUGGAGGAAAUUCCAUCUGAUUUGGGAGAACUUCCAACUAUGGAGAUCAUUGAGGUGUAUGGAUCGGCUGCAUCUGUGGCAGAAUCAGCAAGGCAAAUUCAAGAAGCACAGAGGGACAUCUGCAAUGAAGAUUUCAGGGUCUUUAUCUAUCCCCAGCGUCUCGACACUGAUGCAUUCAACAUCACCAAGGUCCUGGACGAUCAUCCUGAUUUCAGCACAUUCAACAACUACCUCACUCAAACCCAACUCGCAGCGGCCAUCAAUUCUCGCGCAACCAUCACCGUCUUAGCUGUUGACAAUGGCAACAUCGGCUCUCUAUCAGGAAAACCAACAGAAGUGAUCAAGAACAUAUUGAGUGUACACAUAAUUCUCGAUUAUUAUGGUGCCACAACGAAAUCUGGCAACAUGUCGAAGAAAAGUAAUAUAGUCACCACCCUUUUUCAAACCAGUGGUAAGGCUAUUGGCCAACAGGGAUUUCUAAACAUUACAGAAACCUCUUCUGGUGUUUCAAUUGGCUCAGCCGCUAAUGGUGCUACACUUGGUACUAAUUUGGUCGGUUCCAUCUUUGAACAGCCGUAUAACCUUUCAGUCUUGCAUGUUAGCUCUCCGAUCAUACCUGCUGGGAUCGAGUCCAUUAAUUCCUCCAAAACAUCUCCACCACCCGCGCCUUCCCCAAAGUCGCAUUCUCCACGUUCAUCUCCAACUCCUUCAAUGUCACCAUCUGAUACAUCCCCGCCUACUUCGAAACCACCAAGGCCACAACGCGCUCCAGCAACUUCUCCCCCACAGCCGAAUGAUCCAACUGCAGUAACUCCAGCUGCCGAUGCACCAGCAGCAGAUACUCACCAUGCUGCAGGGGCCGCGAGACUCAGCCUUGGGGUCACUUUCAUGGUUGUUUCACUUUCUUCUGCUAUUUCCAUGAUUUGGUAA